AUGGAGUUGCCUAGUGCAGCGAUGUUUCAGGAGCUCUUCGUCUUAGCGAUCCUCUACGCCGCUCUCCACUACCUCGCACGGGCCAUUCUGCCGGCCAAACGGGCCGCGGGCCAUGCAUCGCCCCCGCUGCCGCUGCCUCCGGGCCCGCGAGGCUACCCCGUGGUCGGCGCACUGCCGCUGCUGGGCCGCGCCCCGCACCGGGCACUCGCCACGAUGGCGAAGCUGCACGGCCCGAUCAUGCACCUGACCCUCGGCCGGCAAGGCGUCGUGGUGGCGUCCACGCCGGCAGCGGCGCGCCUCUUCCUCAAGGAACACGGCGCCAGCUUCCUGGACCGCCCCACGGGCGACGCAGCGCCGACGCUCUUGGCGUACGGUGCCCAGGACCUCGUGUUCGCGCCCUACGGGCCCAGGUGGCGCCGGCUACGGCGCGAGUGCAGCAUCGGCCUCCUGGGCCCCCAGGCGCUCGUCAACUGGGCCGACACGCGCCGCGAGGAGGUGGGCCACAUGGUCCGGGCCGUGCUGGCCCGGCGCGGCGAGGCCGUGGAGGUUCCCGAGUUCCUGUUCUGCGCCAUGGCCAACAUGAUCGGGCAGGCCGCGGUGGGCCGGCGCGUGCUCGACGACGCGGGCGGCGAGGCCACGAGGGAGUUCAAGGAGAUGGUGGUGGAGCUCAUGACUAGCGCGGGGCUGGUGAACAUCGGCGACUUCGUGCCGGCCGUGGCGUGGAUGGACCUGCAGGGGCUCGUGCGGAAGAUGCGGCGGCUGUGGACGAGGCUGGACCGGGUCUGGGCCCGGCUGCUGUCCGAACACGAGGAAGUCAUGGCUGCCAGGCAGCAAGAGGGGGCCCGCCGGCUGGACCUUGUGGACCGGCUGAUCGCCUGCCGCCGCGAAGCAGGGGAGGAGUACGGCGUCACGGACCUCAACAUCAAAGCUCUCCUCAACAACGUGUUCACGGCGGGGACGGACACGUCGUCCAGCACGAUCGAGUGGGCGCUGGCGGAGAUGCUCCUGAACCCGGCGAUCAUGCGACGGGCGCAGGCCGAGAUGGACGCCUUAAUCGGCCGAGACCGUCUCCUCCGGGACUCCGACACCCCGAACCUCCCCUACCUCCACGCCAUCUGCAAGGAGACCUUCCGCAAGCACCCUUCCACGCCGCUCAACCUGCCGCGGGUCUCCACCGAGGCGUGCAACGUGCAAGGGUACCACAUCCCCAAGGGCACGAGGCUGAUCGUCAACAUAUGGGGGAUCGGGCGGGACCCGGCGGCGUGGCCGGACCCUACGAGGUUCGACCCCGAGAGGUUCAUGACGGAGCAGGGGAAGAAGGUGGAGCCGAUGGGGAGCCACUUCGAGCUCAUACCGUUCGGCGCGGGGCGGCGGAUGUGCGCGGGCGCGCGCAUGGGGGUCACGCUGGUGCACCACAUGCUGGGGGCGCUCGUGCACGCCUUCGACUGGGAGAUGCCGGAGGGCGCGGCAGGGGUUAUGGACAUGGAGGAGGAGUUCGGGCUCGCGCUGCAGAAGAAGGUGCCGGUCAGGGCCGUCGCGCGCCCGCGGCUGGCAGCCAGUGCCUAUGAGUGAACGAUCGAGGCGGCCCCGUGUACGUACGUCGCGGCCCCGUGUGCGUGUUUAUGCACGGUAUUCUAUCUGUGCGCGGUGAUCCAGAUGAGAUGCAUGCCGGUGCUUGAGGCGCCCUUUGAAUAAUCAAUUUCUUUUUCUGACACCGCCCCUAGAAUAAUCAAUCAAUGUAGCGGGUGGUGCUUGUUAUUACGAGACUUAUCUCUUUGAUCAGGAGAAAAAGUGAACUGAACCAUUCGGGUAUUUUCGAUGGGCUCGAUAAUCCA